GCCGAUUAUUUCUGUGAAAGAGAGAUCAGUGUGUCUCGGUCAGGGAAGUAGGUUAGAGGCGGAGGACAGUGAGCGUGACAGGGUGGGGAUGUCGUUCCUGUGGGAGAAGAGCCCCGCAUGGCGGUGGCUCAUUCGCAGGACCCGCGAUUCGAAGCCAUUCUUCUUCACCUUCGCAAUGGUCUGCGGCGUCGUCCCGGCCGUGAUAGGCUAUGGCGUGAUGCAGCUCACAUCUUCCCACACCGAACAGCUUGAGGCUCAGCUGCGGAAAACCGCCACACCCGACUCCCUGAUGAUGGGAAAAGUUAACAAAGAAAGACUUGCAGAAUACCUUGGGGAGCUACAGAGGAACGAGGAUACCAAUGAUAGAUAUGUUGCUGCUUUGAGGGGACAGACAUUGACUCGGAAACCCUAUGUGAGAAUUCAGCCAGUAACCAAUGAAAGCAGUGAAAAGCAGUGAAGGGUAAGGUACAGCUCGGAUGCGCAAGUGCAUUUUCAGAUAGAAAACGUUUUGCUUGACAAACAGGUCCAUCUUAAGGUAAAUCUAUGUACCUUAUGUUACAUAGGUAGUUUUUGUAUGGAGUGUUUGAAGAAUUCUCAUGGUUUUAUGCGUUUCUUCAUGACAACUCCGUGAAAGUGGCUUGGACCCCACAAUGCUGCUUCGUUUUAUUUUUCUUUUGUAUAAAGGUUAUCAAAUGCUAUUGCAUGCCGUAUUUUUUGUGAACUGUGGGAAUCAAUUAAGGCAAAAUACUGGUAAUGAUCAUGAAUUGUGGUUUGGGAA